AAGAAAAUUAAAAGAGAAAAAGAAUUUCCCGGUAAUUGGAUUCCCCGGACUUGAAUUUCGGAAUUAGACACGACGGAUAUCAUCAGAACCCUUCCAAGAACCCUAAACUCAAAUUCCGUGCUAAUUACCUUUCCAAAUAGUCGCACACAGUCAAAGCAAUGGCUUUGGCCAUCUCAAAUAUCUUGAAUUGCCCUAAACCUCAACUUGCGUUGAGGAAUUCGAAUCUCAAGCGUUCGCUUUCAGUAUUACCACCUCCCUUUGUCAGAUUUUUGAGGACAUCUCCGGAGAAUAAAAAGCUGGUUUGUGCUGCUGCAUCUGCAGCAGGAAGCUCCAGUCCAGACAGCGACCUAAACCCCUAUGAGGUCCUUGGUGUGAGCUCCAUCGAGGGGUUUGACGUGGUCAAGGCAAAAUAUACAAAAAAGCGCAAAGAAGCUGAGAUGAUAGGUGAUGAAGCAACUACUGCUCGGCUUGAGAAGGCAUAUGAUAAACUGAUGAUGUCACAAUUAACUAGUCGGAAGAAGGGUAUGGCGUAUGGCUCAUUUAAGGUUUCAAAGGACAUAAAAUAUGCUGAUAAGCAGCCAAUUGUACCAUGGGGACCAAGGUUUGCCAAGUCCAGUGUCCAAGAUAUGCGCAUCAACUUGGCAAUAUCUGCUGCAUUUGUAGCUUGGAUUCUUAUCAAAAGAAAUGCUGAUUAUAAACCUUUGCAAUUUUUGGCUUUUGCAUUUGUAUAUCGAAUCUUUGAGAAGUUAAAGUCCUUUGAACCUUCAGUAUCUCCAACUUUUACAGAAGAUGGUGAAGAUGAUGGGCGGGCACUGCGAAUGGGAAAGCGUCUACUUCGUUCUCUUGCACUAGUUUUUGGCUGUAUUGCUUUUGCGUCUCUGGCAUACACUGGUAUUUUGAAUUUGAUAGAGUUCAUUGGCAGUUAUAUACCUGUUUUCCUAUUCAAUAAUCAGGAACUGAUAGUCACAACUUCCUCAGCUGUCAUCCUCUACAUUUUGGGAUCAUAUUAUCGAUAAUAAAUUGAUUGAAGAGAUAGAGGGGCAGUUACAGUGUAGUUUUUGUGGAGGAGUGUUUUUAGUUCAAGUUUAUUCAGCUGUCAAAUAUAUUGAUUGAGAAACUCUGUAGGAAAACACACAAUAAAUAGGAAACGAAAUUUUGCUAAAAUUCAAUCUGCUUUUCGAUUGUUA